AUGACCGAAGGGAUAGCACCGGAAGCGAUGCUGAACCCCGCUUCUGCUUCCCCGGCUCUUCACUUUGAGAUCUUGGCGCGAUGUUCAACCACACGAGCUCGGGUUUCGCGCAUGACCUUGCCUCAUGGAGCGACGGUGAGUGUGGGAACGGGAGCUAACACUUCGGUCUCGAAAGGGCACAAUUCAGCAACGCCAACGCCAACUUACACUUACACAACAAAAUGACUUGAUGUUCCCUCUCUCACAUCCAGCUGCUCCCAACGUUCAUGCCCGUCGCAACGCAAGCCUCGAUGAAAGGCGUGACCCCGGCUCAACUGAUGGCGCUCGAUCCUCCGUUGACGUUGAUGCUCAACAACACGUACCAUCUCAGUCAAAGGCCGACACCGGAGAUAUUGGAUCUGGUCGGGGGGAGUCACACCUAUCAGGGUUGGGAUCGGAAUUUGUUGAGUGAUUCGGGAGGGUUUCAGGUGAGCUUCUCUUGGGGGUGAUUCGGCCAUGGGUCUCUGCUCGGGUGGAGUUGAGGAGACCGGCGAUUUAGGUGAAGGGUCAGAGCUGAUCCACAUGGUUCGUUUCGGAUGGCCUCUCUCCACAGAUGGUCAGCCUGUGAGUGGUUGUUCUACUCGUUCGCGCAUGAGAAAGACCACUCCGUCGUGGAUUCCGACAACCUCGGCAGUUUUGCUCGGCACGAUUUUGAGCUGACCAAAACCUCCGACUCCCCUGAUCGCCUGGUUCAAUUUCCAUUGCAGAGUCAAGCUUUCAAAAGUCGAGGAAGAAGGCGUGGUGUUCGCAAAUCCUUAUGAUCCGUCAGUCGUGACAAAAUUCGACCCCAAGAGUGAAUAUACUAGGAGCGAUGAGAGGCUCAUGUGGCUACUGUUUGUGGCACAGGACAAAGUCAUCGCUGCUCACGCCGGAACGGAGUAUGCAGAUCCAACACUCAAUAGGGACGGAUAUCAUGAUGUGAGGAGUGGAUAAAAAAGUACGAUCCUUGCUUGAUGGCGGUGCUGACUUUUGUCGGACACGCGACAGGCAACUGGAUGAUGUCGUCGCGACGUUGACGACAGGUGCGAGGAUGGAAGAGGCCAUGUGGAGAUCUGUUCGAUGUUCGUGAUAUUUAGCUUCGGUCGCGUGAGCUCACAGUAAGGCUGAUGUAUGCUCCUUGGAACAGGGCUAGAUCGAUGUAUCGCCGAGCACGAGCGAUCGGGACGAAGAACGAAGCAGAAUUUGUUCGCCAUCAUUCAAGGUCAGCCUCAAACACACACUCUCGCAUUGCCUCGAACAGGGCUCGAAGGCUGAUGAGUCCCCCUCCCCCGGUGCUCUCUCCAUCACAGGUGGUCUUGAUCCCGAGUUGCGUCAGAAAUGCCUAGAUGCGAUGCUCUCGCCCGAACGACAGGAAAAACUUCCGGGAUACGCGAUUGGCGGUCUGUCGGGUGGAGAGGAGAAGACUCAGUUCUGGAGGAUCGUCGCGCAGUGCGCUGCGGCACUACCGGAACAGAAGCCGAGAUGUGAGUCCACAGUGGUUUGAGGUUGGCAGAACCUGUUUCAACAGAUUGACGCUUGCUGAUGCACGCCGCAUUUGGCCUCGUCCGAGCAGACUGCAUGGGGAUUGGUUAUGGGGAAUAAGUCUCACUCGAUAAUUUAGCGUGGAACGCGAUCUUGGAUUCCAGGUUGCUUACGUCGUUCCCACUUGUCAUCAGCACAGACCUACUGGUAUGCGCUGCACUAGGCGUCGAUAUGGCCGACUGUGUCUUUCCCACUCGAACAGCUGUGAGCACAUCUACGCUCCUGCUCUCCGCUUCAAUGAAUGGAAACACUAAUCCGCGUGAUUUCCGGCUCCCAGCGUUUCGGUGUGGCACUCACUUUUGACGGCCCAGUCGACGUCAAGCGACAAGUGAACGCGACCGACUUUUCCGUUAUCGACCCGGAAUGCACAUGUCCAACCUGCGACAAGGGCAACGGGAUGACCAAAGCGGCGCUCUCGAUGAUUGCUGGAAGAGAGACGGUCGGCGCCCAUGCGCUAACAUUACAUAAUUUGACUUAUCAAGUGAGUCAGACGCCAUUGUGCUGGGUUAUUAUUAUGUGCUGAUGAGAGGCUAUUCUCUGUCAGUCCACGUUGAUGCACCGAGCUCGGGAAGCGAUCCUCGAAGAUCGAUUUCCGCAGUACCUGAUCGACUUUUUCGCGCGCUUCUUCAAGACCAAGGACAAGUACCCGUGAGCCCAACAUGUGAACUUUCGAGGCUGUCCGAGUUUUGCUGAUUGGAGCUGUUGUUGUUACCUGUCGUAGUGCUUGGGCCGUGGAAGCGCUUUUGUCGGUCGGGGUAGAUCUGGUGAAUGGAGUGCCGAGCGCGGGGAGAAAGGAGAUAUCUCGGCCAAAUUGA